AUGAUGAGCGACGGAAGGCGCGAUUCCUUCCCCCAGAGUUUGUCAUAUUACCUUGGAUUGUUCCUGGAAUCUCUUCGUGGAUUGAUCAUCUCUGGGUCUUCUGGUUUUCUUUUGGAUUUUCUGGUUUUCUGGUUUUCUGGUUUUCUGGAUUGCCUGGGUUUUCUGUUUGUGAUUGCAAAUCUGGUGACACCUGAGAACCUUCGGGAUUUCACCGUCGACGGAUCAUCAUGGAUCCUACGGCGGGAAGGUUCGAGAUGGAUAAGUUUACCGGGAAGGAGGAUUUUGGUAUGUGGAAGUAUAAGCUCCUGGUCAGCUCGAGAUCCAAGGGCUCGGAGACGUUCUGGAAAGGGUUUCACCGUCACUGCCAAAUCCGAAAAAGCAGAAGAGGGAUCAGAACCAAGAAAAGAUCCUAAGAAAGCUGCAAAAGAUCUCAGAGUAAGGAAUUUGAUUGGUACCUUUUUGAGUGAUCUGAUUCUGAGAAAGGUAAUGAGCCAACCUACGGCUCUUGAUAUGUGGCGUGCCCUGGAAGAGGAAUAUCAAGCUAAGUCAUUACCAAAUCGUAUAUACCUCAAGCAGCAAUUUGCUAGCUUCAGAAUGGAUGAAUCCAAAACAAUGGAGGAAAACUUGGAUACCUUCUUGAAGCUUAUCUCAGACUUGGCCAGUCUCCAAAUCUCCAUCAGUGAUGAGGAUCAAGCUAUUCAGCUUCUUACGAGUCUCCCACCUGCGUAUGAACCAUUAGUACAUACUUUGAAGUAUGGUACAGGAAAAGAAACUCUUACUGUGAGAGAGGUCAAGGCAUCUGCGUAUGCGAAAGAGGCUGAGCUAAGGCACAAAGGAAUGUUGAAGAGAGGCAAAUCCAGUGCUGAAGGAAAAUCUAAGGGAAAAGUUAACAAGGCAGGGAAAAGUGCUUGCUUCAUUUGUGGAAAAGAGGGACAUUGGAAGAGAGAAUGCCCUAACCGUGAUCAGAGGAAGUCCGGUGAAGCCUCCGCAAAUGUUGUCUCAGAGCCUGUUCAGCCUCUUGUUCUCACGGCAAGCAAUCGCCGAGGAAAAACUGGUGAGGCUUAUGUAAACAUAGUCUCAGAACCAGUUCAACCCAUGGUCCUCACGGCAAGCACUCACAGCAGGGCUGAUGAGUGGAUUCUUGACUCCGGGUGUACCUUUCACAUAACACCAAACCGACAUUUAAUGUUCGAUGUAAAGGAAGUCGAGGGUGGAAAAGUACACAUGGCAAAUGAUACUCACUAUCAAGUGAAAGGCAUCGGAAAGAUUAAAAUCACUAACCCUGAUGGAUCCGUUGUCAUCCUCACUGAAGUGAGAUACAUGUCGGAGAUGAAUCGAAACUUGAUAUCCUACGGUAUGCUUGAAAGGUCUGGCUGUAACUACAGAGGAGAAGACUACACAGUCACUUUCUACAAAAAUGGUCAAAAGGUCUUAACUGGAAAGUAUGAAGAUGGGUUAUAUUACCUUCAGGGUACGGUAUCCAGGCCAGAGUCAAAUGUAGCAGUGCCUAGAAACCAAAUGACAAGCUUAUGGCAUUCAAGACUUGGUCAUAUGAGUGAAAAGAAUAUGAAAAUUCUAGCUAAAGAUGGAUACUUACCAAACACUGAAGUUGGAGACCUGGAUUUCUGUGAAAGUUGUGUUCUAGGUAAAGCUCACAAGCUGAGUUUUCCAAAGGCCAAGCAUACCACUAAGGGGAUCCUGGAGUAUGUCCACUCGGACUUGUGGGGUUCACCGUCCACUCCAGAGAGCUUGGGAGGAUGUAAAUACUUCGUCAGUUUCAUAGACGAUUACUCCAAGAAAGUCUGGUCCUUCUUCCUGAGAACAAAAGAUCAAGCAUUCCCCGCGUUUAAAGAAUGCAAGGAGGCAGUAGAGAAUCAUACAAAAAAGAAGGUUAAGUGCUUGAGAACUGACAAUGGUCUAGAGUUCUGCAAUACCUUAUUCGAUGAUCUCUGCAGCAGGUCAGGAAUCAAACGCCACAGGACCUGUACCUACACACCACAGCAAAACGGUGUGUCAGAGAGGAUGAAUAGAACUAUUAUGGAUAAAGUUCGAAGCAUGUUAGCCGAGACUGGUUUGGGUCAAGAGUUCUGGGCUGAAGCUACUUCUACUGCGGUAUAUCUAAUCAACAGAACUCCAAACUCCACUAUUGAAUUUCAACUACCUGAGGAGAAAUGGUCUGGACAGAAACCUGACCUGUCUAAUCUGAAAAGAUUCGGAUGCACGGCCUAUGUGCACGUUACUCAGGAUAAAACAAGUCCUAGGGCUAUCAAGGGCGUGUUCGUUGGUUAUCCGUUUGGAGUUAAGGGUUUCAGGGUUUGGAUUCCAGAAGAGGGCAAAUGCACUACUAGCAUAAAUGUAGUGUUCAGGGAGGAAGAAGUUUACAAAGACACCCUAAGCAUUUCUAAAUCAGAUGCAUCUACAGCUCCUAUCAAAGAAAAGAAGAAGAAGUCUGGGAGGAAAGUUACCUUUGAUACUGAUAUUGAGAAGGGUCCAAGUGCUUCAGGCACCAGUAUCAACUUGGAUGAGACUUCUCCUUCAGGUGGAGCUACGCCUGAGUCUGGGACUGAUGGCUCCGGCUCUAGUGAAUCAGACUCCGACUCAGAAUCCUCGCAAGAUUCAGAAGAAGAAGAGGGAUUAACUUUCAAUGAGGAAGUACAAUCAGAAAGUGUUCAAGAAAUUGACAAUUACUUACUUGCGAGAGAUCGAGUCAGACGCGUAGAUGUAAGGCCACCGUCGAGGUAUGAAGACGCAAACUUCGCAGCUUAUGCACUAGCUUGUUCUGAUGACACUGAAACAGAAGAACCAAAGAGUUAUCAGGAAGCUAUGAGGAGUCCGAAUUGGAAAGAAUGGACUAAUGCAUCAGACGAAGAAAUGGACUCUCUGUGGAAGAAUCAUACUUGGGAUCUUAUUGAUAAACCUCCAAACGCCAAGGUAGUCGGAUGUAAGUGGCUGUACAGGAUUAAAUCUGGUAUUCCGGCAGUGUUGUCGAAACGGUUUAAGUCACGUCUAGUGGCUCAGGGGUUUUCUCAGAAAGAGGGUAUUGACUACAAUGAGGUUUUCUCGCCAGUGGUUAAACAUGUUUCUAUCAGGAUUAUGCUGUCUGCGGUUGUUAAUAAUGACUACGAGUUGGAACAGAUGGAUGUUAAAACGGCUUUCCUACAUGGGGAUCUAGAGGAAAGGAUUCUAAUGCAGCAGCCUGAGGGUUAUAUCAAAAAGGGAGAUGAGAACAAGGUUUGUCUUCUGAGAAAGUCUCUCUACGGCUUGAAACAGUCUCCUAGGCAGUGGAAUCUGAAAUUUGACAGUUUCAUGAAAGAAGAGAAGUUUAUCAGAAGCAAUGGAGAUCCAUGCGUAUACAUGAAGAAUGUAAAGACAAAGGAAGCAGUUUACCUUUUACUCUACGUCGAUGAUAUUCUGAUAGCCUCCGGAAGUAUGGCUGAGAUCAGGCUGAUCAAGGAAAGCCUAAGCCGGAAAUUCGAGAUGAAGGACUUGGGAAAAGCUUCCCGCAUUUUGGGCAUGGACAUCAUCAGAGACAGAGAAAAAGGAACCUUAAAACUGUCUCAGGAAAGUUACAUAGAAAAAGUUCUCAAGGCAUUCGAUAUGGCAGAUGCAAAAUCUACAACUACACCAUUAGCUACACACUUCAAGCUAAAGAGCCUAACAAAAGCAGAAAGGAAGGAAGAAGUAGUUCAUAUGGAAAAUAAGCCCUAUGCUAGUGCAGUGGGUAGUCUAAUGUAUGCAAUGAUUGGUUCAAGACCUGACUUGGCCUAUGCAGUGGGAGUUAUCAGUAGGUUUAUGUCAAAUCCAGGCAGAGAACAUUGGACAGCAGUUAAAUGGGUACUUAGGUAUCUACGAGGUGCUUCUAAAGACUGUCUAACCUUUACCAAGAACAAGGAAUUCAGUAUUGAAGGGUUUUGCGACUCAGACUAUGCUACAGAUAUUGAUAAACGAAGAUCAGUUACAGGAUUUAUCUUUCAGGUUUGGGGAAAUACAAUAUCCUGGAGAUCUAAUCUACAAAGUGUUGUGGCAUUAUCAACUACUGAAGCCGAGUACAUGGCUCUAACCUCAGCAGUGAGGGAAGCUAUUUGGCUAAAGGGUAUCUGUGAAGAAUUGGGUUUUGAAACAGGCGCAGUUAAGAUACACUGUGAUUCGCAAAGCGCAUUGGCUCUAGCCAAGAAUUCAGUUCAUCACGAAAGAACGAAGCACAUAGCUACUAAAUAUCAUUUCAUUCGGGAUAUAGUAGCUGAAGAAACAGUAAAGCUAUUCAAGAUUCACACUAGCAGGACUUCAGCUCAACUUCUAAUGGGCCAGGCCCAUCAACCGUACUCCGCAACCUUGGGCUUCACCUAG